CGUGCGAUGCGCGGUUUGCGCGAUGUUAGCUUACGUGGUCGUGGUACUGACAGUGUUGGACGUCUGUGUGCCUCUGUACCAUCACCAGUUCGCAGUGUUCGUCCCCGGCGGGCCGGAGCGGGCCCAUGACCUGGCGCAUAGACAUGGCUUCAUUAAUCACGGGGAGAUUGGGAACUUGAAGCACUACUUCCUACUGUCACAUCCACACGUCAGUAAGAGAUCACCGAACGCCAGUCUCAGCCAUUUCCACACUUUAAAAAAUGACCCACAGGUGAGAUGGGUGAUGCAGCAGAGGGAGCUACGGAGGUCCAAGAGGGACCAUCAGUCGAGGCCGAGGCAUGUCAUGAGGCAGUCCAGCGCGCCUGCCUUCCCUGACCCGCUGUUCAAAGAGCAGUGGUAUUUGAACGGCGGCGCUGCGGACGGAUUAGACAUGAACGUCGGCUACGCUUGGAGAAAGGGAUACACUGGGAAAGGAGUCGUCAUCACUAUCCUUGACGACGGUAUACAACCCAACCACCCGGACCUUUCACAGAAUUACGAUCCUGCAGCAUCGACAGACAUAAAUGGGAACGACACGGACCCGACACCGCAGGACAAUGGCGACAAUAAACACGGCACCCGGUGCGCGGGCGAAGUGGCUGCGGUUGCCUACAAUAGAUAUUGCGGGGUCGGCAUCGCUUACAACGCCAGCAUUGGAGGAGUCAGGAUGCUCGACGGACUUGUUAACGACGCAGUGGAAGCCCAAGCACUCGGCUUUAACACUCACCACAUAGAUAUCUAUAGCGCGUCCUGGGGGCCUGAGGACGACGGCAAAACAGUUGACGGCCCCGGCCCUUUGGCUAGAAGGGCGUUUAUAAAUGGUGUGACGAACGGAAGAGGGGGGAAAGGAUCUAUUUUUAUAUGGGCGUCGGGAAACGGUGGCAGGCAUACGGACUCUUGCAAUUGUGAUGGAUAUGCGAAUAGCAUAUUUACUAUUUCUAUUUCUAGUGCGACUCAAGGGGGUUAUAAACCGUGGUAUUUAGAAGAAUGCUCAUCAACAAUAGCUUCAACUUACAGUUCAGGAACGCCUGGCCGGGAUAAAAGUGUAGCUACCGUAGAUAUGGACGUACAAUUAAGGCCGGAUCACAUCUGCACAGUAGACCACACAGGCACAUCGGCAUCGGCGCCAUUAGCCGCCGGUAUUUGUGCAUUAGCCUUAGAAGCGAAUCCAUUACUGACGUGGCGGGACAUGCAACAUCUAGUCGUAUUGACCUCUCGGUCACAACCGUUAGAAAAGGAAGAAGGAUGGAUCGUAAAUGGCGUAAAAAGAAAAGUGAGUCACAAGUUUGGCUAUGGACUAAUGGACGCCGCUCAGAUGGUAACAUUAGCCGAACAAUGGACAAACGUACCCCCUCAGCACAUUUGUAAGUCACAAGAAAUAAACGAGGACAAGUCUAUUGAAACAUCUUUCGGUUAUACGAUAUCAGUGCACAUGGAUGUGAAUGGGUGCAGCGGGACGAUGAACGAGGUCAGAUUUUUGGAACACGUUCAAUGUAAAAUUUCACUGAGCUUUUUCCCUAGAGGAAAUUUACGGAUAUUGCUUACGUCGCCAAUGGGGACUACUUCCACCCUUUUAUUUGAGAGGACGCAUGACGCAACGAGUUCUAACUUCGACGAUUGGCCGUUUUUAAGUGUCCAUUUUUGGGGAGAAAGUGCCGAAGGGCGUUGGACCCUUCAGAUAUUAAACGCCGGUAAUAUCCACGUCACUCAACCGGGCAUAUUGAAAAAGUGGCAGUUAAUAUUUUACGGCACGGCUACGAGUCCGAUACGGUUACGAAAUAAAAGCUAUUUUAAUUCAAACAAUGUUUAUCAGGAAGAGAAGGCUUAUCAUAUUAACGAUGUUUACGACGCCUCGGAGUACUCACAAUUCCUCAACGAAAUCGAACUCGGCAUUUCUGAUAGACGCAAUUACCCCAAAAAUAUUCCCUCAGCACAAAGGAAAAAUGUUUUGGCAGAUGCCAACGAUAAACAAGUACAAAGACUGUGCGAUCCGGAAUGUGAUUCACAAGGUUGUUAUGGGAAGGGGCCAACUCAGUGCGUUGCCUGCAAGCAUUAUCGUUUAGAUAAUACAUGUGUGUCUCGAUGUCCUCCGAGAAGCUUCGUUAACCAAGGUGGAGUUUGUUGGCCGUGUCACGAGUCGUGCGAAACAUGUGCCGGCGCUGGCCAGGAUUCCUGUCUCACGUGCGCGCCCGCCCAUUUAUUAGUAGUUGAUUUAGCUGUUUGUUUACAACAGUGCCCCGACGGAUACUAUGAAGAUCCCGAUGCAAAUGCAUGUUUCCCAUGCGCUGAGCAUUGCGACACAUGCUCUGAAAAAGCAGACAUGUGCUCCUCUUGUGCCCAUAACUAUGUUUUAUACAAUGGGUCUUGUUUAGCGGCUUGUCCACCGGGAACACACCAAAAAGAUGAUUUUGGAUGCAUGCCGUGUCACGAAACGUGCGAAUCUUGCCACGGCCCCAGUGAAAAUGCCUGUGUUUCGUGUCGCAUUGGUGAUUACGCAUUCAAAAAUCGGUGCGUACCAAAAUGCCCUCCAGGAUAUUAUGCCGACGCCCAAAGAAGAGAAUGUUUGCCGUGUCCAAUUGGCUGUUCAAUUUGCACGUGUGCCAUUUGUUCUGUUUGCCAAGAGAAAUGGAGUCUCACUAAGAGUGGGACUUGUCUCCCCAAUGGCAAUGACAAAUGCGAUACGAGUGAGUACUAUGAAGGGGGAAGGUGUAAAAAUUGCCACUCUACCUGUGAGAAAUGUAGCGGAUCGAACGAGUGGGACUGUUUGUCUUGUUCGAGUCCCUUGUUGUUACAAGGAUCGAGGUGCGUGGCUGAGUGCGGACAGGGUUCGUAUCAGACGGCAGGAAGAUGUUCGCCGUGUCCACACACUUGUAAGAGCUGUGUGUCAAGAUUGAAUUGCACGAUGUGUGCUGGUGCCUUACGCUUGCAGUCGGGGACGUGUCGAGCGACGUGCGCUCCCGGCUACUACCCUGAUGAAGGAACCUGUUCCAAAUGUUACUUGUCGUGUGAAACGUGCACGGGUCCUAGAAGAGAUCAAUGUGCAUCAUGUCCCCCUGACUGGAGGCUGGCGGCUGGCGAGUGCCGGCCUGAAUGUCCCCAGAACUUUUUCCCCUGGCAGGACAGCUGUCGCCGCUGUCACCACUACUGCCAAGACUGUCACGGCGCUGGGCCGCAGCGCUGUACGUCGUGUCCUCCUCAUUUUUCCCUAGAGAACGGCUUAUGCGUGGAGUGCCUUAGUUCCCAGUACUAUGAGCCUAGAUCGAGGACUUGUCGUCCGUGCCAUGAUUCCUGUAGGUCCUGCUCAGGACCUGGGCCGACCAGUUGCGUCACGUGUGCCCAUCCACUUCGUUUAGAUAGAGUGAACCACAAAUGUUUGCCAUGCUGCACCGAGAGUAUGGUAUCGCUUUUCGUAAAUAGCAAUCAGACGGAUUGCUGUCACUGUGAUAAGGAUAUAGGAGGAUGUCUUAAUGGCUCAUCAGCCGGUAAGAGGCGGAUAGCCGAGAACAUUCGCACACACAUCACAGCUUCGUUCUUUAUAGAAGACUCGAAGGACGCCACGAACCUUCUAGAACGAAAUUCUGUGGUCGUGUGGAGUGUGGCUGCCGUGUUACUAGCGACGGUCGUCAUUAUCAUUGCUGUUAAGAUUAAAUCAAGAAAAUAUAAAUACAGGACGAUAUACCCGAAGACAGAAUACUCACAAUUGACUACCAUCGAUGAAGACUUGAUAGCGCUGACGUCAUCAACCACUUUGAAAGCCGUUGACAGUGCACAAAUACAAACUAAAAGUGAACUCGAAGAACCCACAUAGCAAUUAUGAAUCUUCGAGAUGAUGUAAUUAGAGUAUAUUUUACACUGCAGACUGAUAUGUAGGAGUUUCAAUAUACGAUCCUUAUUGUACAUAGUUGGAGUAAAUACUACCUAACUAUUGUGUGGUUAUUUUAUGGUCUAAAUGAUGCUAUACGAGGAAUUGUUGCCCCUUUUUUAAAACCAAAGAAUUUGUAUUUUAAAUUGACUAUUUCUAUAAGAAAUAAUUUAUUUUAAUUGAUAGUGACGAUUUGUAAUGAAUUUAGAUAUGUCUUAAAAGUCGAUGCAAUGCAAAUGACUUAAAAAAAGUCCGCUUCUAAUUAUAAUUGUGUUUACAGUUUUAGACUACGACCAUGUUAUUACAUUUCUUGCAUACGAACUUAGUUUAACAUUUCUAUGCAAAUGGAUGCAAUUCAUCUCGCAUAUGAAGUACAUAAAUUGUAUUUUUAAUUAGUUUAUGUGGCCAUGUUGUGGGAUGCCAGAAUUUAUGUUUUAUUAAGGGUGAAGCAUAUUUCUAUAUUAGUCUGCAAAUUGUAUAGGCAGUUUUUACAAAUAAUUUUAAAUUACUGUUUCAGUGUGUGUUUAUUUUAGUAAAGUUAUUUUAUCAAAGUUUUUAAUGUCAUUACAUAUAUUUUAAAAUUGUUAUUCAUGAACAACUUUUAUUGCAUUAUAUAUACAUAGGUCGCGCCAUUCUCAGUGCCAUUUUAAAACAUUAAGUUUAAAAGUAUAUUUAGAUAAGUUAUUGAAUUUUACAGCUAAUGUUUAGUUUUGCAUAAACAAAUUUUUAUUGCAAUUAAAUAGAAUACAAUAUAUCUUCAAAUUAAACAGUGAGCAUUAACUUUUUUGUGAGCGUAUUGCUUCGCCCUAUUACCCAAAAAAAUCAAUUUGGAAUUGUCAAAAUGUCUAGUCGUUUCUGCACUGUGUUACCAAAAUUCCAUAAGGCAGAUAUUACUUUCUAUUGGAAUUCGCAUUUAACAUGGAUUUGUGAAGAGAAUAAAGGGAAAACGGCACAGAUAAGUGGUUUGGGUUCGAAGAACGUUCAAUUAGAUUGGCAAAAAGCGAUGCCGGAACAAAUACGCCUUACUGGUUUGAUUCUUGCAUUUGAGAAAUAUGUUUUGCCUUAUUUUAUUACCGAUACAACUCUGCAGUAGGAAAUAAAUAAAACAAAUAUCGUUAUUUCUUGGAAAUUGUUGACAUCAGUCACAGUUAAAAAAAAAUACAUUGACCUUCGAUCAAUGUAUUUUUAAAUGUUGAUGAAAAGUUGUUAUUGUGUUUGUAAUUAAGUACUCUUAUAUCCCCGCAGAAUAAUAGGUAGCUACGCGUUUAAAAUUGCGCGUGUGUGCGUAUUGGUAGAAUCAUUCAAUGAAAAGUAAUGUCGGUCUAACAACGGACCAGUAUGUUUUCAUGGGACCCAAAACACCGCUUAAAGUUAUACGUGGAACAUUGUUUUCAUAGUAAAGUUAACAUAUCUAAAGUUUUAUUUGUUUAAUGUUAUUGUUUGAAGUACUGUACUGUGUAAAUACGGUUCAAUUAUUACUGUAAUAGUGUGCAAUCGUGUAAAUAUGUAAAUAAUUGACAAUUGUAAAUAUAUCGAUGGUUUUUAUGACGGAUAAUUUA